AUGGCCUUCUCUUCGACCUCUACUCAUAAAAAUCAUCCAGUAUGCAUAAUUGUUCUUGGUAUGGCUGGAUCUGGCAAAACUACCUUCGUCAAUAAGCUAGUUGAACAUUUGACUUUACUGGGAAACAGUCAACCAUACGCAAUCAAUCUCGAUCCAGCUGUUUUAAAAACCCCUUACCAGCCAAAUAUAGAUAUCCGUGACACCGUUAAAUUCAAAGACGUGAUGAACCAAUAUGGUUUCGGUCCAAAUGGUGCAAUUAUGACUUCCCUAAACUUCUUUGCUUCUCGUUUUAACGAAGUUAUCGGGCUUAUUGACAAAAAUGCCGAUCGCGUUCGUUAUGUGGUGAUCGAUACUCCUGGUCAGAUUGAAGUCUUCACAUGGUCUGCUUCUGGAGUUAUUAUAACAGAAGCCCUUGCCUCCUCUUAUCCAACUAUGGUCGUUUAUGUCAUGGAUACACCUCGGAGUCAUAGUCCCGUUACCUUUAUGUCCAACAUGCUUUAUGCGUGCUCUGUUCUCUAUCGAAUGAAGCUCCCAUUCAUCUGUGUUCUUAAUAAGACAGACGUGAUUGACUGUGAUUUCGCUGUGGAAUGGAUGCGAGAUUUUGAGGCCUUUCAGAGUGCUCUGCAUGCUGGUCGGUCAGGUGAAAACGGCCUGAUUGAUACAGCUGAUGGGCCUUAUGUGGAAGAUGAUUCCUCCCAAUACAUGAAUAGCCUCACUAAUUCAAUGUCUCUUGUACUGGAUGAAUUUUACAGUGAUCUAAGAUGUUGUGGGGUGUCAUCUCUCAGUGGCGAGGGUUUUCCUAAAUUCAUGGAGUUGGUCAAGGAAGCCUCUGAUGAGUACUUCAAUGUAUAUCUGCCAGCUUUGAGGGCUCAUAAAACACCUAAACGGACCGGGAAAGCGCUCCUCAACCAACCACAAGGUGAGUUUUCUGCUCUUUAA